UGUGUGUGUGUGUGUGCGUGGCGGGGGGGGGGGUAGCGCAACUCAACGCCAGCCGCCGAGAGACAUAUGUGAUCACUUGCCACAGGGUGCGGCGACAUGAGCCGCUCAGCCAAGACCCGAUCAUUCCUCCACGCAGUCCGAGCAAGAGACCGUGCCAACAAUAACAGCGUCCGAAGGUGACUGGGCCGAUCACGAAAGACUGCAUCACGGGCCUCACAGCCCGCUUCCUUCAGCGAGUACUUAAACUGCUCGAGACGGAACGGAGGAGACAUCGAGGCCCAAUCGCUCGCCUCGCGCAGCUCCUGAAGACGACGAGCAAAGAAGGGUUCCUGGCAAAUUUGCUUCGGCAGCGCACGAUCCGAUGGAGGCUUGGGAGCACGAGCAGCAAUUGCCACAAUCACCGCAGCGUGGUCGGACAUAUUUUCAUCCGCAUCCGUCGCCGCGGGAUCGAGCACCGCAGACGUGACGUAACGCUGGCGCGCCAGCCAGCCCGGCGUCGAGAAGCACACCCUGUCGAUGAUGGCCUCCGAACUCAGGUCGCGGACGAAGUGGGUCGGCUGCUCCCCUUCAAACUCCAGCAUCCUCCCCAGCGCGACGCGCCAGAGCGAGGCGCGCGCGUGGUGCUGGCGCGCCGACCGCCGCGGCGCCAGAGAUGGCGAGCGCAGCAACAGAGUCCGCCUCGGAAAAAAUGAAGCCCCCACUCACGACGACCAGCCUGUCCCGCGGAGCCUCGGCCGCGAAACUCAGCGAGGCGACGAUGUCUGUCGUCAGAAGGAGGAGGAGGAAGAGGAGGACGAGGAGGAGGGGGAGGAGGAGAGAAGGAGCGUAGAUGGCUUUAUCCGCAAGAAAACACACGCAAUCGCAAAGAACCGCGAAAUAAUCGGGCACGGGAGCUGCAGCUACGGGCCCCAGAUCCAAAAUGGAGCCCAGGGGUCCACCAAUGCCGCUGACUCGUAAGCGAACCGCGAAAUCGACGAGGAUGCCUGACCCCAGCACGAGAGGAAGGGGGGCCCCUCUACCAACCAGCCCCCCUGACACGGCUCCGUGAAGCCCGUGAAUCUCGCAAGGCGCUGGCAGUGGCUCUGGGUGCCAGGAACAUGCGCCCAGUCCAGCACGACCUGCAGCCGCACUGCCAGAAGGCGUGCGCGCAAGACUUCGCCAGUGGUGCCGUGCGCACGAGCGCAACGGCCCCAUGCGGAAGGUGCUCAGCCCAGCAAGAGCUCGCCACUCUUGCAGAAGCCGUGCCCGCGAGCUGCAGAUUCCAUGCAGUCCGAAGGUCCUGUCGUCAACGUCAACAUGCCCUCCGCGGAUACAUCAAACGUCAACGCGCACUCCAGGCACUCGGACUGCAGAGCGUCCUCCGUGGGGGUGUCCACGCACCUGAUGCUCCCAGCCCCCUCGGAUGAGCGGCGCCAUGCGCUGAACGACUCGAUCACCUCUCUCUCGCCGCGCAUGACCCACUCCUCGAUGACAGACUUCGUGGUCAGCUGGGCCUCCACGUAGCAAGUUGCCCAUGGCGGGUUCAGCGCGGUCUCUGGGACCGCCUCCGCGAAUUGGCCUCCGGACUGAAGCCGCGGCUCGAGGUCGGAGAUCAUCCGACCUCGGGCGGCCGCCUCCGCGCCACGGAGCGCAUCCUCGAGCACCAUGGUGUCCGCGUCGCGCUCCGCGUCACUGCGGUCAUCGACAGCCCGUGCGGGUGCCGCCAGUGUGGCCGCCGAGGGAGCGAAGGCGGAGGAAGCGGCCGCCUCCGCGCCGCGGAGCGCAUCCUCCAGCAUCAUUGCGUCCGCGUCGCGUUCCGCGGCAGCGCGGUCCGCUGCAGCCCGCGCGGGUGCCGCCAAUGUGGCCGCGGAGGGUGCGAAAGCAGAUCCCGCAACGCCACGGGAGGCGAGGCGGCAAGCACACGCUGCCAGGAUGAGGGCGACAGCCUUGCUGAGCAGCCUGCGCUGCGCCAACAUGUUCAGGGCAAGAAUGAGUUCGUCGGCUGGCGGGAUUCGAAAAAUGCUGACAGUCUGAUUCACGGAUGUGCUGCCUUGAGCCAAGGAAGGCU